AUGAAGUCAAUCAUUCUCAACCUCGCAUAUGUGGUAUCUUCCGCUUCAGCAGCAAGGUUCCCAACCCGAGACACAGCCAUGGACCCGCCUCAUUUGUUCGGCGCCGUGGGAUUCUUAAAGCCCGGCUCCUUUGACACGCAGCUAUCCGAUGAGAAAGAAGUACUAUCUAAGCAACUGUUCGAAGAUGCAGGACGUAAUCCAAACGCAACCAGUGCGGUAUCUUUCAACUUUGCUCCGAAAAGUCUCCCGGGCAACUCGACUUGGACCUGGCGUGUCAACAUCACGGAUAUCAAUGUACCGGAACGGAUCUUUAACAAACCAGAUCAACAUGUUGUGAACAAUCAAUGGGAGCUCCAGUGGCUCGGUGAUGAGACUGAAAUAUCUUCCAUGAACAGUUCUAGUUCCAGCGAUAAAUCCGAUCGAACGAUGUGUAUCUCUGCAGCGGAGAUCCUUGCUCCAUCGAACAUCACGAAACGCUACACUGGGUCUGGAGAUUGCUCCUCCGUACUCGGAAAAGAAUGCUACGAGAAGCUCCUGGCCGCAACGAGGUCCAUCGGAUGUGCCACGCCGCCCGAUUUCCUCAAUUCUGGAAUCGACGAGUGCAGAGACACACUUAUUAGCAGACCUGGGAGUGGGACUUCUUCAACCACUUUUGGGAACACCUCGGACUUCAUCUCCAGUCAGCCUGGAAAUGUUGUGUACUAUGACACCUCACCGACUGUGCAAGCGGGCAACGUGUCAGAUAUCUACGACGAAGCCGAGGGUCAACUCAAUAUUCUUCUGCUGCGCGAGAAUUCAGGAGCGUCGGCAGCAAUGGUCUGUCAGGUCGUCAACAAGAAAGUUACAUCGAGUGGCGACYGCCUGGGAUUGAGUGGGCAAGCUCUGCCGCUGGUAAUUGCAAUUAGCUCGGCUUUGAUUCUCUUUUGA